GCCAAUGUGAACACACUCGCGGAGGAUGAAUCAGACUCGAGAGCUGGGGAGAACAGUCUCAUCGCGGAGACACACUUCCAUUUCACACAAUUAAGGAACUGAUUAGUAUUCAUCCGUAGGAAGAUUGCUGCCUCUUUGCUCUCGCGUAGUUAGUGCCUUCAUUUUGCCAUCACCUGUUUAUCUCCGGCCAGACGUCUGACAGCCUCACACAUACACAGGCUUGUCACAGAGGAGAACCGACAAAAAAAAAAAAAAAAAGAAAAAAGGGAUCAAUACGAGAGGAAAAAUAUACAUUUGUGAGGUUUCAUCUGGACACACCUUGAAGAGGACUACCCUGUCACCACUACAAUCAAUAUGGAUGAAGACAAUCACGUUCCUGAGGAUCUGUCCUUGGAGGAAAGGGAUGAGCUGUGCAACAUCCGACGCAGGAAAAGAGAGCUGCUCGACGACAUUGAGAGGUUGAAGUUUGAGAUCGCCGAGGUCAUGACAGAAAUCGAGCAGCUGACGUGUGUUGGUGAAAGUAAAACAACCCAGAGAAACAAGCAGAUCGCAAUGGGCAGGAAGAAAUUUAACAUGGACCCUAAAAAGGGAAUCCAGUUCCUACUGGAGAACGACCUCCUUCAGCACACUCCAGAAGACAUUGCCCAGUUCCUGUAUAAAGGCGAGGGUCUCAACAAGACGGUUAUCGGAGACUACCUCGGCGAACGGGAUGACUUCAACAUCAAGGUGCUGCAGGCUUUUGUGGAGCUGCACGAGUUUGCUGACCUCAACCUCGUUCAAGCACUACGGCAGUUCCUGUGGAGUUUCCGUUUGCCAGGUGAAGCUCAGAAGAUCGAUCGCAUGAUGGAGGCCUUUGCUUCACGCUACUGCCAAUGUAACCCCGGGGUCUUCCAGUCCACAGACACUUGCUACGUGCUGUCAUUUGCUAUCAUCAUGCUGAAUACCAGCCUGCAUAACCCCAACGUCAGAGACAAGCCCCCCGUGGAGCGUUUCAUCUCCAUGAACAGAGGGAUCAACGAAGGAGGAGACUUGCCAGAGGAGCUUCUCAGGAAUCUUUACGACAGCAUCAAAAACGAGCCAUUUAAAAUCCCGGAGGAUGACGGGAAUGAUCUAACGCACACGUUCUUCAACCCCGACAGAGAAGGCUGGCUCUUAAAGCUUGGCGGCAGGGUGAAGACGUGGAAGAGGAGGUGGUUCAUCCUGACUGACAACUGCCUGUAUUACUUUGAAUACACAACCGAUAAAGAGCCCCGUGGGAUUAUCCCCUUGGAGAACCUCAGCAUCCGAGAGGUGGAUGAGCCCAGGAAACCAAACUGCUUUGAGCUCUACAACCCCAACCACAAAGGCCAGGUCAUCAAGGCCUGCAAAACCGAAGCGGACGGGCGGGUCGUCGAGGGCAACCACGUUGUUUACAGGAUAUCGGCCCCCACGCCGGAGGAGAAGGAGGAAUGGAUCAAAUCCAUCAAGGCCAGCAUCAGCAGAGAUCCUUUCUACGACAUGUUGGCCACCAGAAAGAGGAGGAUAGCCAAUAAAAAAUAACCAAAGGCCUCUCUCAAAGUCUCUCCUUUGCAUCACUGCCAGGUCCGAGGCGAGCAGAAUCCAGCCCCGUUUAAAAACUCACCUGUGGAUCAGUUCUCAGUUGAAAGCUAUGAAGAAGAAGCAACUUUGUGCAACAUUUAGGAAGGAGGAACUUUGGCACCCUGAGCAGGAUUUUACAAGGAACUGCAUCUAUUUCACUCCGCGGGGAGGGCGUCGCUCUCAACAAUUCUGUCCUGAUGGGAAGCCUCAAAGCUAAUUAAUCAGCUGGUCUGAUUUGUAUAUGCAAAACGGACUGAUUUAUUCGUAGCUUUAGACGAAUACGCAACCCCAAACCAGUUUGGGAUAUUGGCUUUUGGGUGAAAUUUCAAGAUGAACCUAAAAUGUUCGGCCGAUUUUUUUUUGCUUUGACUUCCAAGACAGAAUUUCAGAUACAAACGCUGCUGCUACAACUCACUUCUAAAUAAGCAGCAGUUCUGCAGACAACUCUUCCAAAAAGACAAUUCAAGCGGUUUAUUGCCACUCCCAGUUGACGUUUACUGACAAACAAACCAUAAAAGCAAAGAUUAUUAUGCGUGCACUUCAAACAACCACAUAACUUUGGUGAGGGAAGUCUGAUAGCUUAAUGCUAACGCACAAUGCAAAACGCCAUAGACAGGCUAACCAAACUAGUGCUGAUGUUGCAGGUAGUUGAACACAGUGUGGCAACACAUGUAAGACGUAACACUCACAUGCAUAUAUUAUUUAGCCUUUGCGAAGAAUGACUGAUAUUACUGCAGCUUCCGAGUCAUUGUGAAACUCUUCUUUGUACUAUAUUGCCCCUGGUGGUCAAGAAGGAGAAAAAUGUGGGGCUGGAACAUAUUAAUGGCAUUGCCAUUCAUUACAAUGGGGUAGGAUGAUUUGAGGGUUUUGAGUUACAAGUGUGGUCACGGAACCAAUUAAACUUGUACCUGAAAGCAUAACUGUACGUUCCAAACGUUUUGAGGUCAAAUUAAGCCCACCUGUAAAGUGCAUAUUAGGUUCAUCCUGGAAUUCCAAACGAAAGGAGAGCGUCUCAAACUUUUUUUGUGAGUAGUGUAUUUGACUUGUGGAAAAUGCAUAUUCCCUGUGUUGGAAUAUUGGUUAGCAGAUUAAGAAUAAUUUGCACUACUGUAUUACUAUUAUUGGGUGUCUUUUGAGUAGCAUCGCUUCUUAUAAAGCUGUGUUAACAUUUUA